UUAUCAUCUUGCCAUCACGGGUCACAACUGGUUCAUUACAUGAAUAUUGCUAUAAAAUGAGCGCUCUAUCUGCCCGACACUUUCAGCAAGCACAAGUUUUGACUGCGGUCUCGAAGCGUAGAUACCGACUCACCGAACAUGCUAGUACCCACCAUCAACAUGUUUGGCUUGCUCGCUCCGAAAGUGAUGCUGGCCAAUACAUCAUCAAGUCCCCACUGCGUUGCAAAGACAGCGAGCAGAGCAUCGCUAUGCGCCAGCUGGAUACGGAGAUGAUGAUUCUCAACGGCCCGCUCAAGGACACUGAAGGCAUCCGACAGCUUGUAGAUCAGAUUGAUCUAGCGAUGGGAGUUGAUAAACAAACACGAGCAGGCGUCUUCGAGCAUCUAGAUUUCGAUCUUCACAAGUACCACCUAACCCAAAAACACAGUUUUUCACGUCUCCAAAUUAAGACAAUUGCACGGCAAAUCCUGAAGGCUCUCUCACAUUCGCAUAAGCAAGAUAUUGUCCAUACAGACCUCAAACCCGAGAAUAUUGUGUUCUCGAAGUCCGCAAGCACAACCACUUCUGAACUAUUAGUUAAGGUCAUCGACUUCGGAGUCGCGUCGCAACGAGGUGAGGAAAGACAGCACAUGAUCACGAAUCCGUUUUGGCGGAGUCCUGAAUCUUGGGUCGGCCUUCCCUGGGGCACUCCGGCUGACAUUUGGUCUUUUGGAGCUGUUAUGGGCUCCCUCCUCAUGGAACCUGGUGCAAAGCUCUUCCAGCCUAUGGGUGGUCUUGCAGGUGUACCUGCUGAGGAACGAGAUCGAGAAUUCUUGCGAUCACUGUGGACAAUGAUCCAAUUUCCCAAGACAUUUCUCGACCGGAUACCCAGGACAUGGCGAGACGAGAUUUCGAACUUUUCACCAAGGUUGGCGCCUAAUGGAGUGCCCAUCACAUUGUCUUUCAUAGGAGAUAUCUUUGAGGUCCCGAAAGCAGACUGGGCUUUUGUUAGAGAUAUCUUGGAGGUGGAUCCUGAUAAGAGACCAACUGCGGACGAGCUUCUUCAACAUACCUGGCUCGACUCCUGAGGCAGCCAUAUCUGUCUUAACAUCGCCGUUUACCCUCACUCAAGGCUACAUUGAAGCAGUUAUAAUAAUAGUAAUUGUGCUCACGGGAGUGCCGAGUAUGAAGGCUGUGGCAUUUGACGGAAUAACGUGGUGCUAGAUGGGAGCGGGAAUCAUCCAAAUGGGUCAACGAGAAAGCCUGUACAUUUCUCGGCGCUGAAACACCCGAUUAAGCUGAUUUUGACGGACCUAGAUGGGAAUACUCGCUAUUCUUAUGUAAGUCUGAGAAAGAUAUUUCAAUACAUAGACGAGAAAAGGAAGAUGUAUUAUGUAUAGCAUCA